AUGGGUUUGCUCUCAAUUAUAUCUAUGUUGAUGCUUCUCAUCUUUGGAAAGCCGAAUGAUGUUUUCUUGAGUUUUAGCAACCAAGACACUGGCAAGACUUUUAGCGAUCAUCUCUACAAAGCUCUGACUAAGUCUGGGAUUCGGACUUUCAGAGACCAAGAUGGAAUUUACGGAGGAGGAAAGAGUGGCAUCGAAAUCAAGAAAGCAAUAGAAGAAUCGAGAAUAUCAGUUGUUGUGUUUUCUAAAGACUACGCAUCUUCAACACGGUGCCUGGACCAGCUUGUGCUCAUCAUGAAUGCUAGGAGAACAACUGGGCUUGUCAUGUUUCCUGUUUUCUACAAUGUUGAUCCAUCAGAAGAGAUGUAUAGCGAAGCAUUUGCUAAACAUGAAAUGAACUUCCAGAAUGAAAUGGGCAGAGUGCAAAGUUGGAGGGCAGCUCUUAAUGAAGCUGUAGAUCUGGCAGGAAUGGUGCUCGAAGACAGUUUUCGAGGCAAAGACACUCGCAAGAAUUUCACCGAUCAUCUCUACACGGCUUUAACUGGAGCCGGGAUUCACACUUUCAGAGAUGAUGAUGGAAUUCGGAGAGGAGAAAACAUCGAGUUGGAAAUCAAGAAAGCAAUUCAAGAAGCAAAACUAUCUAUAAUUGUGUUUUCUAAAGACUAUGCUUCAUCGAGAUGGUGUCUCGAUGAGCUCGUAAUGAUCAUGGAACGUAAAAGAACUGCUGGGCACAUAGUGUUUCCAGUUUUCUAUGAUGUUGACCGAUUUGAGGUUGGGAGGCAAACAGGGGGAUAUGGUGAAGCGUUUGCUGAGCAUGAAAUACGGCUUAAGGACGAGAUGCAGAGGGUGGAGGGAUGGAGGCAGGCUCUUAGAGAAGUUGCAUACAUGGAAGGAAUGGCAAACAGGGGGAUACGGGAUGAGAUCAGGAAAUUGAAGGAUCAUGUUGAUAGAGUGUGUGCACCGUUUCUUGAUUAUUAUUGGCAGUUUUAUGAUAGUUUGUUGAAAUUGCACUUUAAGUUUGAUGAUCUCGACUCUGCUACAGAGCUCGUGUUAGAUAUGCAUAAAUUCCAAGAGUCUGUUCCUGGUAAAAAAUCAAGGAUGGACCAAGAAAAGCCACUCAUUUUUCCAAUUGGAUCAAACAAUCUCAAGACUGGCUUGAAAAUACAAGUUAUGCCAGAACUGCUGCAGAAGGAUUCUAUCCUCAGAGUGAAACGUAAACAAGCUGGUUUUGCCAUGAAAUUGUCUGAUGAGAUGGUUGCCACUGCUUGUCUUUCAGAAGCAGUAAAUGAUGCAUCAUCUUUGUAUGCACAUCGUGAUCAAGUCAAAGUACGCAUAACGUUGCCAAUUUUCUUCGAAUCAAACCAUAUCAAGACUAAGAAGAUCCAAUCACUCAAGCCCAAUUAG